AUGGGACAGACCGUCUGGCUCGGUGAGAGGCAGCUGAUGUAUGCAGCACAGUCGUCACUUAGAAUGCAGCAAGACCGGUCCAUCGGUCAACCUGCACGUCUUGCUUUCGAUUACCACAAAGCCGAUGCCUUGCGAGGGAUUUCGACCGAGUUUGGCCCGCAAGAAUCGUCUGAUCCGAUGUCUGAGAUUGCGCUAUCGGCUCGUAGCUUUCCGAAGCAUACAUUGUUUGGCCUGCUCUCGGCCAAGCUCGGACAACAGCUCGCUCGAAAUCUCCUUCUCGGGAUCGCGGUCGUGAAAGACCCAAGAUGUGUUGGAAAUGGUCGGAAUUUCGGGCGUUGA